UCACCCACUGCCGCCAACCGCAUGCAACUGCUGUGUAAAUGAUUGUACAACUGUACAACGCAACGCCGUUCUCGAAAACGAAAGAAGCCAAAAGCCGAAGGAAGAAUGUGGCGGUUCUAAUGUUUUUAUCGUAUAGUAAGUAAAGUUUUUCAACAAAGUGUUUCGUCCGCGAGUUUCUUUUGAAAAGAGCUCGAGAAACAACAACAAAAAAAUUGCGAUAAUUCGUCAGAAAGCGAGCGGUCAGAAUGGCGGUUGGUUCGACGAAAGUCGUUCAGGUGACAAAUAUCGCGCCUCAAGCCACCAAGGACCAGAUGCAAACGUUGUUCGGAUAUUUGGGCAAAAUCGAAGACAUCAGAUUGUACCCGACGAUUAGGGAUGUUGCCGUGCCAGUUCAAUCUCGCAUAUGCUACAUCAAGUUUCACGAUCAAGGAUGCGUUGCUGUUGCGCAACAUAUGACCAAUACUGUCUUUAUUGACCGUGCGCUGAUAGUGAUUCCCUAUCAGAAUGGUGACAUUCCAGACGAACAACGUGCACUAGAGCUCACCAAUAAUGGUACAGUUGUUCCAGGUCUAUAUCCGUCAGAACCAAAACUACCGCCAAAUGUUGUGAAUGCUAUCGAGGGUAUCCCGCCAAAUCACGUGAUCACUACGAUGGAUCCUAAGCUGGAGGCGAAUGGUCUACCGCCUUAUCCACAUCUGCCGGGUCAUCUGGAUAGCAGACGCAUCGAGGAAAUCCGACGGACGCUCGUGAUAGCGAACCUAGACGCAUCGGUGAGCCCCGAACAACUGUUGGACUUCUUUGGCAACAACAACGUGGAGAUCAAGUAUCUGCGUAUGUGUAGCAGAGACUCGGAUACCGAGCACUACGCGCUGGUGGAACUGUCGGAGCAAGGAGCUGUGGUUUCGGCGUUGCUUUUGAACGGCAAACAACUAGCUGAUCGUCCGAUCAAGAUUUAUCACUCGACACAGGCGAUUGCUAAACCGGAAGCAAAGAGCAACGAGGCCGCUCAAAAGGAAAUUGAGGAAGCGAUGUCGCGGGUGAAAGAAGCGCACAAUCUCAUUUCUGCUGCGAUUGAUCCGAUGAUCGGUAUGCUGUCCAAGGAUAAGCGGAGCAGAAGUGGAUCCCGCGGUCGCAAAUCUCGUUCGCGCAGCCGCGGUCGCAGUCGACGCUCAAGAUCGCGCAAACGGUCGCGUUCACGCCACCGACGCUCGCGUUCGCGACAUCGACGUCGAUCACGCUCACGCUCCAAGAGAUCACGAUCGAAGGAUCGUCGGCGCAGCUCGCCAUCACGACGCCGCAGCAGUUCUCGUAGUCGUCAUCGUUCACGUAGCAGAUCACGACGAUCGAGAUCGCGACGAUCGCCAUCUAGGUCAAAAGAGCGCAAAAAGAGAUCGCCGCGACGUCGUAGUCGCUCACGUUCGCGCAGCAAGCGUUCGAAAUCUAGAUCCAGACGAUCGCGUUCCAAGUCCAAGUCGAGAUCCUCCAAAUCUAAGUACUCGGAGAAGUCCAAGGACAAAGAUCGAGAGAGACGUAGCAAGGACAAGUCGGACAACGGCAAGAAGAGCGACAGCGAUCGCGAGAAGAGCAAGGAGAGAAAGAGCGAGAAGGACGGCAAAAGCGAGAGGGAGAGCAAGAGCGAGAAGAAGUCCAGCAAAGAGAAACGGUCUAGCGACAAAUCGGAGUCCAAACAGUCGGAGGAAAAAGGAAGAUCGGAGAGCACCGACAGCAAAGACAGAACGGAGUCUGAUAUCUGAAAUAUUGACAAUAUUUAUUGUCUUU